AAAACUAGGAUAAGGUAAAGGAGGAGAAAAAGAAAGAGAAAGAGAGAAAGGGACUCUGUCCCCUUUUGUGUGCGUGUGUUGUGUCAACUGAGUGAACUCUCAAGUGAACUAACAUCACCAAAAAAACCACUCUCUUGCAACCUCCUCAUCACAUUGCUCCUUCUGACAGGUUUGGCUCAACUGAAGUAAGGUUUGGUUAUCUUAUUACCUUAUCUCUCACCACAUUUAAAAACACACAAAACACAGUUACACAAGUGAAGUGUGGUUUUGGGAAGCAAGAAUGUAUGGGGAUUGCCAAGUUAUGUCAAGUAUGGGAGGGAACGUAGUAGUAAACCCAGACACCCUCUUCUCUUCCUCGAUCCAGAACUCUAGCUUCAACUUCAUCCCCACCAUGCCCUUUCAACCUUUUCCUUCCAUGAAAGAAGAAGAUGGGAUCUUGCGAGGGAAGGAAGAGAUUGAGAGUGGAUCAGGGAGUGAACAAUUAGUUGAAGACAAGUCAGGGAAUGAACAAGAGAGUCAUGAACAACCCACAAAGAAGAAACGUUAUCACAGGCACACUGCUCGCCAGAUCCAAGAAAUGGAAGCUUUGUUCAAGGAAUGUCCACACCCGGAUGAUAAGCAGAGACUGAAACUGAGCCAUGAAUUGGGUCUUAAACCGCGCCAGGUCAAGUUCUGGUUCCAGAACCGUCGAACCCAGAUGAAGGCACAACAAGACCGUGCAGAUAAUGUGAUACUUAGAGCUGAGAAUGAGUCUCUUAAGAGUGAGAAUUAUCGGUUACAAGCUGCACUGCGUAACGUAAUUUGUCCCAACUGUGGUGGCCCAUGCAUAAUGGGUGCUGAUAUGGGCUUGGAUGAACACCAAGUUCGCAUUGAAAAUGCCCGUUUAAGAGAAGAGUUAGAACGCGUGUGUUGUCUCACAACAAGAUACACUGGGCGUCCAAUACAAACAAUGGCAACAGGUCCUACUCUAAUGGCCCCUUCAUUGGAUUUGGACAUGAGCAUAUACCCAAGGCACUUUGCGGAUACCAUUGCUCCUUGCACUGAAAUGAUUCCUGUGCCAAUGUUGCCUCCCGAAGCUUCACCUUUUUCUGAGGGUGGUAUCCUAAUGGAAGAAGAGAAGUCUCUGACCUUGGAGCUUGCCGCUUCCUCCAUGGCUGAACUUGUGAAGAUGUGUCAGACAAACGAGCCACUUUGGAUUCGAAGCACUGAGAGUGAAAGGGAAGUGCUCAAUUUUGAAGAGCAUGCAAGGAUGUUUGCUUGGCCUCAGAAUCUCAAGCAUCGAAGUGAGCUAAGGACUGAAGCUAGCCGUGACACUUCUGUGGUUAUAAUGAAUAGUGUAACUCUUGUUGAUGCUUUCCUUGAUGCUCAAAAAUGGAUGGAAUUGUUUCCUACAAUCGUUUCAAGAGCAAAAACUGUCCAAAUCAUAUCUUCUGGUGCUUCCGGUCUUGCAAGCGGGACUCUUCAGCUGAUGUACGCAGAAUUCCAAGUUCUUUCUCCUUUGGUGUCCACUCGUGAGACUCAUUUUCUUCGGUAUUGUCAACAAAAUGCUGAGGAGGGAACCUGGGCCAUUGUUGAUUUUCCUGUUGAUAGCUUUCACCAAAAUUUUCACCCUUCUUAUCCUAGAUACUGCAGGAGGUCCUCUGGCUGCGUGAUUCAAGAUAUGCCAAAUGGGUAUUCAAGGGUAACAUGGGUUGAGCAUGCAAAAGUAGAAGAGAAGCCUGUGCAUCAGAUAUUCUGCAACUAUGUGUACAGUGGAAUGGCAUUUGGAGCACAGCGUUGGUUAGGAGUUUUGCAGAGACAAUGUGAGAGGGUCGCAAGCCUCAUGGCCAGAAACAUAUCAGAUCUUGGAGCGAUACCUUCGCCAGAAGCGCGAAAGAACUUGAUGAAGCUAGCUCAAAGAAUGAUAAAAACGUUUAGCCUUAACAUGAGUACCUCUGGUGGUCAAUCAUGGACAGCCAUAUCAGAUUCCCCUGAAGACACUGUUAGAAUCACAACUAGGAAAAUCACAGAGCCUGGACAACCUAAUGGCGUGAUUCUAAGUGCAGUUUCAACUACUUGGUUGCCCUAUUCUCACACCAAGGUCUUUGAUCUCCUCAGGGAUGAACGCCGCAGAUCUCAGAUGGAUGCUCUUUCCAAUGGGAACUCAUUGAAUGAAGUGGCUCAUAUUGCAAAUGGCUCACAUCCAGGAAACUGCAUUUCUCUUCUUCGCAUAAAUGUAGCGAGCAACUCAUCCCAGAACGUAGAGCUAAUGCUGCAAGAGAAUUGCACCGACCAAUCUGGAAGCAUAGUAGUGUACACAACCAUCGACGUGGAUUCGAUCCAGCUAGCCAUGAGUGGUGAGGACCCUUCUUGCAUUGCACUUCUUCCCCAAGGCUUCAAGAUAGUGCCAAUGUCAUCACCACCCAACAACGUUGACACACCCAUCAUCGAUGCCGCAACAAACUCAUCAUCAGAGCCUCCUCCAUCUCUCAACAACAACAACUCAGGUGGUUGCCUCCUGACAAUGGGGCUGCAGGUUCUCGCGAGCACGAUCCCUUCUGCAAAGCUCAACCUCUCGAGCGUCACCGCUAUCAACAAUCACCUUUGCAACACCUUGCACCAGAUUGAAGCUGCUCUUUCUUCUUCUAGCUCCCAUGAGAAUGGCAAUGGCUCUUUCCUUUGCACUGAACCCACCAAGCAGUGAAAAAAAAAAGUAAUCACUUAGAUGAUUAAUUCCUACCUACCCGUGUUUUGUUUCCUUCUUUGUGUACCCUUUUGGAUUUUAUGGGACUUUGUAGUGUUAGCUUUUUGUGUGGAUCGAUCAAGGAGUACCAAGAAGACGAAGAAGAACUAUUAUUAUGCUUUGUGCUAGAAGAGAAGAAUGAGGGUAAGAAUGUUUAGAAUAAUUUAAGAUGUGAUUGAGUAGGGAUUAUUAAUUAGGUAGGGAAGUGUGUUAGAAAACUAGGUUGUGUGUGUGAGGGUGUGGUAAGAAUAUUUGAGAAACAAUGUGGAAUGGCAUGAAUUUAUGUGUGUGAGGGACUGAGGGAGUCAAGAGCGAACCAGAUAGUACCCUCGGCUUUCUAGUGAUCAGAGAUGACCUCACCAGUGAGUAAGGGUGCUGUGGUUCGGGAAUUGACUCUUGUUUCUAUGUCAGCCUCUAUAGUACUGUGUUCAUUUCAAUAUUGCUUAUCAUCAUGAUUCAAAUUGGAUUUGACUUAUAAUUCUCUUGUUUA